ACGGUCACCCCCGACGGGGCCCCCAGAGCGACUGCAACAAAAGGAGCCGGGCUACGCUCGGGCGAGAGCCCCCCUCACUCCCUCCCCAAUAAUGCAAGAACUGCGCUCCCCAGCCCGGCGGAGGCAGCGACGGCGAGCGGGCCCGUGGCGGCCCGCAAUGGACUGGCCGAGGGCACCGGGCAGGAGGAGGAGGAAGACGAGCAGGUGCAGCUGCUGUCUUCGUCCCUGACUGCUGGCUGCAGUUUAAGAAGCCCCUCGGGCGGGGAGGUUGAGCCUGGGGAGGAUCGGACGAUACGAUAUGUCCGAUACGAAUCCGAGCUACAAAUGCCCGAUAUCAUGAGACUGAUCACCAAAGAUCUGUCCGAACCCUACUCCAUUUAUACUUAUAGAUAUUUUAUCCACAACUGGCCACAGCUGUGCUUCUUGGCAAUGGUAGGGGAGGAGUGUGUAGGUGCCAUCGUUUGCAAGUUGGAUAUGCACAAAAAGAUGUUCCGCAGAGGUUAUAUAGCCAUGUUAGCUGUGGAUUCCAAAUACAGGAGAAAUGGCAUUGGUACUAACUUGGUUAAGAAAGCUAUAUAUGCCAUGGUUGAAGGAGACUGUGAUGAGGUUGUUUUGGAAACAGAAAUAACAAAUAAAUCUGCUUUGAAACUUUAUGAAAAUCUUGGUUUUGUUCGAGAUAAGAGGCUGUUCAGAUACUAUUUAAAUGGAGUUGAUGCACUGCGACUUAAACUGUGGCUGCGCUGAGAAACUCGUCACGGAACAACUGACCAGCCACACAGCACCGGCCUUUGCAUGCAAUGCAAUUUGUACUGAAUUGCUUUGCAGGUGGAUGUUAGUGAUUUCCAUGCAGCUCUUACCUGUCAGUGUCUCAUUGGGUGCCGCACAAUAUUUGUUGCACUUUGGCAUGGCGCAUUUGUUCUGAAUUAAAAGAGAUUGUUUUAAACGUCCAGAGUUCUUUUGGUACCAACAAGAUGUGCCAGUUGGUAGCCAAGAUUUGUUUAUUCAUUUGUAGAAUCUGGCAAUGUUAUUUACACACAGUGAUUAUUUUUUUCACAGAACCAGUGAUUUGUCCCAGAAAAAAAAAGGCCAAUGUUAAUUGUAAAAAUCUCCAAUGUACUAACAUUUCACAUGAAACCUGCCCUUGUUUGCUGUGGGGGCUGGGGAGAAGCUUCAGUUUUAGGUUUUAUUUUUUUCAAUAUUAAAACUUCCAUUCUUGAAUAUUGGUACCUCACGUGAUUCGUGGAUGAAAAAAAAAUCAGAUGGGGGUGUGUCUUAACAAUAAGUACCGAUAAUUGCGUUUGCCAGUGCCUGUGUAGAUACGAAUAUUCGUCCUUAUCUCUAGUUUUUGAAUGCAUGCUGUCUUUUUCUUUCUUUUGAGGCCUUUUGUUUCUAUUUAAAUUCUAAAUUUGAUAAUAAAUUAUUUCAGAUAUAUAUAAUUUGGAUACUUUUUUUCAGGUGAGGGACAGAAAGGGCCACUGUAGACGUUCUUCGCAGUGAGAAGUUGAAGUGGCUUGGUAAUUCUUAGAGAAGUGGCUCAACCCGGAUGAGAACAAUUGAUGGAGCCAGGGACUGCUGGGUUUUGGAUGCACUUUUUGUUGUGGUUGAGAGGGAUUUUGGGAAAAGAAUAAAAAAUUAAUGUAAAUUUGUAUGACUUUACUGAAUCAAAAUUACUGCUAAGCUGCACAGAACAGCUUUUACAAAGCAGUUGGAACUUUUAUUCCCCAUUUGAUUUGAUUUGGAAUCACUUUGCUUCGUUUUCUGGAAAUGCUUCACUUUUGGUUUUUGGUCAUAGAAAUAAAUUUCAAGGUGUCUUACAUCCA